ACCAAUGCUAGACCGAUAAUCAUUACCGUUUCAGUUGCUCUACGCUAAACUUGAAAACCCUAGAAAAACCCACAUCAAGCCAAAGCAAAAGCAGUGAUAAUGGCGGUAGGGCUUAGGCAGUUCACGGCGAGAAGCGGAAACGGCGCUGGAGAGCCAGUUCUGGGCACGGAUAACGGCGAGGAGCUUGUUCACGUCCAACCUUCCGUCUCCGUUGCACUCGGAAAUCGUGCCCCCGAAUCCCCGGGCACUCUCUACAUCACUACCAGGCAAGUUGUUUGGCUGAGUGAUGUGGACAGAACCAAGGGCUACGCUGUUGAUUUCUUGUCUCUUUCUUUGCACGCCGUUUCAAGGGACCCCGAGGCCUACUCUUCUCCCUGUAUUUACACUCAGAUUGAAACUGAAGAUAAUGAAGUGGAAGAUGAGACCGACGACUCGGAUUCAGAAUGCAGUGAGGUUUUAGAUUUAUCCAAGAUCAGAGAGAUGAGGCUUAGUCCUUCAGAUGCUAGCCAAUUGGAUACUAUGUUCCAAGUAUUCUGCGAGUGUGCUGAACUGAAUCCGGAGCCUAUUGUAGAAGAAGACGAAGGACAUAAUUGGAUUUUCAGUGCUGAUCAGUUGGAAGAUGGAGCUGGAGAGAGCGACGAUGUGGAAUGGAAUUUCUCUCAGAAUCCGACAAACACAAUCGGUCGUUCUAAUGGUCAUCAUGACCUAUCCCGCAAUGUGCUUGAGCUUCAAAUCAAUGAUCAACGAUUUGAGGAUGCCGACGAGAUGGAAGAAGUAACUGAUAGCGGACAUCAGUAAAUUUGGAGUGUAAUGCCAAAUGGUACCUAUACGG